AUAUCCAUAUCCAUAAACCUUAAAGCUUUCCAACAGUUUUAGACAUAAACACUUAAAAGAUGGAAAAGAGUGUUGUUGUCCUCUGCCUCCUUUUGUUUUCAGCUUAUAGUUACGUCUCGGCUCAUAACUAUUCACCGAAAACCUUAGUAUCAACCGUCUCUAAGAACCCAAUCUUGCCUAUCUUCACCUUCACACUCAACAAAAACCAAGAGUUUUUCAUUCACAUCGGCGGACCUUAUCUUGUCCGCAAAUGCAACGAUGGUCUCCCUCGUCCCAUCGUCCCUUGCGACUCCCCGGUGUGUGCUCUUACUCGUGGAGUUAGCCCUCACCAAUGCCCUCUUCCCACCAACACAGUCAUCAACGGAGUGUGUGCUUGCCAAGCAACCGCCUUUGAGCCAUUCCAACGUCUAUGUAACUCUGACCAAUUCACUUAUGGAGAUUUAUCCAUUUCUUCUCUAAACCCUAUAUCUCCCUCGGUUACGUUCAACAACGUUUAUUACCUAUGCAUCCCCAAGCCGUUCCUCGUGGACUUCCCUCCUGGUGUUUUCGGCCUUGCGGGGCUUGCACCUACCGCUCUGGCCACAUGGAACCAGCUGACUCGACCUAGACUCGGACUCGAGAAGAAGUUUGCGUUGUGUCUUCCUUCUGAUGAAAACCCUAUGAACAAAGGUGCUAUUUACUUUGGUGGAGGUCCAUACAAGCUCAGAAACAUUGAUGCAAGAUCCAUGCUCUCUUACACUCGAUUGAUUAGAAACCCUAGAAAACUCAACAACUAUUUCUUGGGACUCAAGGGUAUUUCCAUUAAAGGGAAAAGGAUCUUGCUUGCCCCAAACGCUUUUGAUUUCGACCGCAACGGUGACGGAGGCGUGACUCUAAGCACCGUUUUCCCUUUCACUAUGUUAAGAAGCGACGUAUACAAAGUCUUUAUUGAAGCAUUCGCACAAGCCACGUCGGAUAUUCCACGUGUCAUUAGCACGACACCCUUGGAGUUUUGUCUUAAGUCAACGACAAAUUUCCAAGUGCCUCGGAUCGAUCUAGAGCUAGCUGAUGGGGUGAUUUGGAAAGUGUCUCCCGCAAACGCGAUGAAGAAGGUCAGUGAUGACGUGGCUUGCUUGGCUUUCGUCAACGGAGGAGAUGCGGCGGCGCAGGCGGUGGUGAUCGGAUUACAUCAGAUGGAAAAUACUUUGGUGGAGUUUGACGUUGGAAGAUCUGCUUUUGGAUUUAGUUGUUCUUUGGGUUUGGUCAACGCUUCAUGCGGUGACUUUCAAACACGGGCAUGAGAACGUAAAAGAACUUGAUAGUUGGCAUUCUCUUGUGAAUUGUGAUUGAAUAUUUAUUUGUUAGUUUGUUGUAAACAAUAAUUGUCAAGUGUGGUUUUAAAAAUUUUAGUCAAUAAUGAAUGUCAAAGAAUGUAAUAAAACAUAAGUUUUUUU